AUGGUACGGGCCCUCAUAGUCUCCGUGUUGGUCGGCGUAAUGUGCCCGAUCCUUGGCGCAUACGUCAUUACCCGUGGGCGCGCAUUCAUGGGCGACGCCCUCGCGCACUCCGUCCUUCCCGGAAUGGUCGUCGCCUUCCUGCUUGGCAUCAGCCCAUUCUUCGCCGCCGUCCCCGCCGGUAUCGUCAUCGCCCUGCUCAUGGGCACGGUCAGCAGGCGCACCGGCAUCAGCGAAGACACAUCCAUCGGUAUCGUAUUCGCGGGCAUGUUCGCCCUCGGCCUCGUCAUGCUCUCCCGAGCCACCAGCGUCAAUGUCAACAUCGAAGACCUCCUGCUUGGGCAGGUGCUGGGCGUCACCCAAACCGAUGUUUACGUCUCCGUCGCACUAACCGCCCUCGUUCUGAUAGGCCUCUACGCCUUCCAUCGCCAGCUUGUCUACACCACCUUCGACGAGGUCGGUGCGUCAGUUGUCGGCAUCAAGACCAAUCUCAUCGAAUAUGUGCUUCUCGCCCUUCUCGCCCUCGUCAUAGUCAUCGGCAUACAGGCGGCAGGCAUCGUCCUAGUCAUGGCCAUGCUCGUCACACCCGCAGCGACUGGCUACCUCCUGGCAAGGCGCUUUGUAGGCGUCAUGAUCAUCGGCGCGCUCGUUGGAGCGGCCUCCGCGAUAGUCGGCCUCUACCUUUCGUUCCACGCCGACCUUCCGUCUGGUCCCUCGAUGGCGCUGCUCGCAACCCUGAUGUUCACUAUAGCCGCCGUAUUUAAGGGCACUUGGCCCCUGAAACGCGAAGGAUAA